CAAUUCAAAAUCCAUCCGUUGGGGGAAAAACAAAAAAUCCCCAAAACCUUCCCUCGUUGCCUUCCUUGUGACUCCUCUUCCUCCAAAUUAGGGUUUUAGCAAAUUAAACUCAAAAUCCCCACUCACCCUCCCAUACAAUAUUGCUUAGUUACCCGGCCACAUUAUUCCCCAAUCAAAUUAAAUAUACUUUAAAUCCUUACAAAAUAGUACUACUAUGGAGUUGCAACCAGAAAACUUAUUAGAGCCAAUGUUAAGCGAAUCAAUCUACCACUUUCUAGUCGAAUCUCAAAACGGCCGUACCGAUUUCUCGGAGCUAACUUCAAUUUUCUUCAGAUUGAUCCAAACAAUGACUGAUCCACCCCUUGAAUUCAUCUGGUUUUACUCUGCACUCGCAUUUCAAACUCAUUCUAAUUCUACUAACUAUUCAUUAUUAACAAAUGUUAAGGACUUAUUUCACUUGCUAACCUCUUUUCGUACCCCGUGUUUUUCUAAAAAAGUGGCUAUUCUUGCACCUGUUUUAUACCACCUGUUUUAUUCUUCUAGUAACGACUGUAAGACGGAAGUUCAGAGUUUGGCGGACCGGAUAGUUAGUUAUUUAGUUAUGUGUUGUGAGAAUAGUGAGGUUGUGGAACCCGAGGAUGAGGUCGGGAUGAGCUGGGUUGGGGUAGUGCCCGUUUGGAUUGCGGGUCAGGUUAGGGAGAAUUGUGGUCGUGUUGACGGUUUGCAGUUGUUUUUGCCCAUGUCGAGUGGUCGGGGGGUUGAUGGGGAGUUUGGGAUGGAUCGCCUUGCUGGGGUUGUUAUGAUCGAGGCAUUUUUGUUUAGGUUGUGUUUGAUGUUUGGGUCGGGGGCUUCACGAGUGGAUUUGUGUAGGGAUGUUAAGAGUUAUGCUGUCCAGAUGGUCAAGGGGUUUAAGAAGAAUUCAAACUUUUUGGUUACGCUUUUUAAACUGCUGUUGGAACCAAGUUUACCUGUCACAGAGCUACUGACUACAACAGAUGAACUUCUUCUCAGGCGACUGCUUUUUGAUGUUGCAUCGGAUUUGGGUUCGUUUCUGCGCAGUGAUGCCUAUUCUCAGCUCUCAGAUUCUAAGUACAAAGAGAUUGUCACAUUAUGGCUGUUUGCCACAAACUCUGCAUUGCAGUUUGCUAGUGAAAAUGAUGACCAAGCCGGAGUCAAAUAUUAUCUCAACGCCUUCUCUGCAUCGCAGCUCCCACAUCAGAUAAUAGCAUGGGUCACUGGAGUGACAAGUAUCAAACCAACCAUUCCUGAUAUUUCCUCUCCAAAGGACAUUAUUGGCUGGCUGUUGGUCCUCGAGAAGCAGGGACUUAAAAUAUGUGACUACAGCAUUUCAGAAUUACAUGAAAAAACUCUGAAGUACAAGUCUAUGGAGAUCGGCAAUGAAAUUACAGAUUGUCAAACUAUGGUUGAGGACGCACCUGCAAAGAUCAACUGUAGAAGAAAACGAGAUAGCACAGGGUUUGGGGAGGUACAAAAGCAUAUCAAAGCUAUGAAAUGCUGUCACGAGAAUCUGGGUGAUGAAGUUUUUUGUGGUAGAAUUGAAGUUGGAAAUUCAGUCCCCGAUCAAGAGAUGGUAGAUAUGGUUCAUUGAGGCGAGCACUGCCUUGGUAGUUGUAUAAUGUGCACAAAAAGUUGAUUAUGCAAAGUGUUCCGUCUGAAGUAGAGUAAGUUCUCAAGCAAAUCUGUUAGAAUUGAAUACUAGUUGGUUUGUAUAACUUAGUAAUACAUCUUUGUUAAAAAAAAAUCGAGCUGAUUGGUUCAGUUUGUAAUUCAUGACUUGCUUAAGUACCUCAAAUGGUUUACGCACAUUGAUGGUGUGGACACUUA